GCCCCGUCGGGACCUGCGCAGGCACCGCCCUCGCCCCGCCUCUCGCCGGUGCCCGCUCGGCGGCGGCCUCAGGAGCGGAGCGGCGGAGUGGGCGGGUGCGGAGGAUGCUGUCCCUCUUGGCCAAGGCGGCCGUCGGGCCGUUCCGCGGGUUGGGCCGCUCACCCUUCAGCUCCCUGGCCCCUUGGUGGCGGGCGGCGGCGCAGGCCGCGCCGGUGAUCCGGGCCGUGCCGCCGUGCUGCGGGAAUGCCGCCCCCCGCGGCCUCCUGGCCCUGCCGCCGCCGCCCGGGCUGCUGCCGCCGCUCCUGGCGGGGCUGAAGACGAAAACCUCGUUGAAGAGGCGGUGCAAGGACUGCUACAUCGUCCGGCGCCGCGGGCGGCUGUAUGUCCUCUGCAAGACCCACCCCCGGCAUAAGCAGCGGAAGCUGUAGCCCCGCGGCAGGGAGGCUCAGCCGGCUGCGAGCGCCGCUGCCGGGCCCCGGAACGGAGGGAACCGACGCGGUGUCCGCCUGUCGGGGCUGGGGUCCUGUGUCCACCUGGGGCUGCCGCCGCCUCCUCCUCUUCCUCCUCCUCCCUGUCAGCUCCCUGAGAGCCCGCUGCUGGGGACGCAAAUGUCGCUGUGGGAGAGGUGACGGCGCUAAAACGGAGCGAGUUGAGUCCUAAACGACCCUUGCCGUAACCUCAUCCCAUGGAUGAUGAGAACUGAAGUGGGAAGCCGCAGCCCUCAGGGCUUCUUGUCACCUUAGCCGUGAAGCCUUACUUACAGUCUCCUCACUGAGGGCAAAGCUGGUUCAUCAGACUAUGGCAUGCAUUUGUGUUUCAUUAAAACAAAAUGAGAAUAAACGCCACUGUGCAUUAUUACAA